AUGCAGACUGCUUCUACAAACAUUUGUGAAAGACUGUGCAAUAAGUCCAUCCGUGAUAUUACUUUGCUACUAAUAUUCCACGGUCAACUGUUAGUGGUAUGAUAAAGUGGAAGCAACUGGGAACAACAGCAACUCAGCUACAAAGUGGUAGGCCACAUAGAAUGACAGAGCGAGGUCAGCGCAUGCUGAAGUGCACAGAGUGCAGAAGUCACCAACUGUCUGCAGAGUCAAUAGCUAAAGACCUCCAAACUUCAUGUGGCCUUCAGAUUAGCACAACAACAGUGUGUAGAGCACUUCAUGGAAUGGGUUUCCAUGGCCGAAUAGCUGCAUCCAAGCCUUACAUCACCAAGUGCAAUGCAAAGCGUCGGAUUCCGUGGUGUAAAGCACGGAACCACUUUACUCUA